UCCUUAUUAAUUAUUUUAUGGAUAUUCAAUUGUGGAUACAUUUGCCAUUUGCUAUUGCCGUAUUGGUACUUAUGCAGGCCUUUUGUCAUAUACUGGACUGCUUAAUUUAAAAUUAGAUUGUGCAUAUGUGCGGUGUGCAUAUGUACUCAUGUAGGCCAUUUGGUGUUGUGCCUCCAUUCUAUUGACUUUGUGGUGCCCAAUUUAGGAAUUAGGAUGCAGACAUGUGGAUGUUUAUGCUUAAAUCAAUCUAAUAUUCAGUAGAUUGGAAAGUGGGUUUAUGUGCAUGGUAGCAAUAGGGCCUGUUGUUGUGUGCUUGUUAGUAAUUCAUCAAUCUCUAUUGGCUUAGGACUAAAUUUCUGUUGAUAUUUGGAUUGCACCUUCAUUCAAUAUUCAUCCACGUGACAAAUACAAUAAAAGCUUACCCGUUUUAUUCAACUUUAAUAGGUCAUCAUAUAAAGAUUGAUGGAUUGAAGUUGGAUGAAAGAAUCAAGAUUGGAGACAACAUAUAAAAAUGGUGUUGAGCAGUUUUUAGCUUUUGCUUACCAGAACCUUCCACCAGACAGCGAGAUACUUUGUCCAUGCAUAAACUGCAAAAAUAGAUACAACCACAGUUGUAAUGAGGUCAGGACACAUCUGAGAUGUGAUGGUAUUAUUAAAGGUUAUACUACAUGGGUUCACCAUGGUGAAAAAUAUGCCAGGCCAUUAAUUGCACUUGCUGAUGUACCAAAUAUUGCUGGAAAUUUGACUACUUCGGGUCCAAUACGAGAUCACCAGGAUAGAGGAUCUGAUGGAAUGCAAGAACUCUUGCAUGCUGCAUUUGGAAGGAUUGCAAGUAUGUCUAGUGUCGAAGAAGAUGAUAUUCAGUCUGGAUCUGUAGAUGUGGAACAUAAUGGCACUGAGGAUCAUGUGAAUCCAAUGGAAGGUGAUGCUUUGGGGAGGCAACUGAAUAUAUAUGCAAGCUUAUUGAAGGAUGCAGAUGCAGGUAUAUUUUCUGGCUGUAAAUAUUCUAGACUGUCAUUUUUGGUCCACUUAUAUCACGUGAAGUGCUUAUAUGGUUGGUCACAAGAAUCAUUUACAACACUACUGGAAAUACAGAAUAUAUAUGCAAGCUUAUUGAAGGAUGCAGAUGCAGGUAUAUUUUCUGGGUGUAAAUAUUCUAGACUGUCAUUUUUGGUCCACUUAUAUCACGUGAAGUGCUUAUAUGGUUGGUCACAAGAAUCAUUUACAACACUACUGGAAAUAAUAUCUUCUAUUCCUGGAGCUAAUCUACCCAAGACAUACUAUGAAGCAAAGAAAAUCAUCAGUGACUUAGGUCUUGAUUAUAUGAGAAUCCAUGCUUGCCCCAAUGAUUGCAUUCUUUUUCGAGGUGAUUUUGCCAAACAAGAUUUUUGUCAUGUGUGUGAGAGCUCUCGUUGGAAAGCUAAUAAGAAGGAUACAAAUGCUUUUGUAGGUAAACCUAAGGGGAAAAGGAAACCAGCCAAAGUGUUGCGUUACUUUCCAUUGAUUCCCCGGAUCCAAAGGUUAUUUUCAACCACCAAAACUUCAGAUGACAUGCGUUGGCAUGAUGAUGGUCGUACAAAGGAGGAAAAACUACGUCACCCAGCAGAUGGUGAUGCUUGGAAGGACUUUAAUGAUAGAAAUCCUGACUUUGCAGAAGAUCCUCGUAAUAUACGUCUUGGUCUGGCUAGUGAUGGAUUUAACCCUUUUGGGAAUAAGAAUUUAAAGCACAGUACAUGGCCAGUAAUGCUUGUUCCUUACAACCUUCCACCUUGGAUCUGCAUGAAGCAAACAUCUUUAAUUAUGUCAAUGAUCAUCCCUGGACCAAAGUCUCCAGGUAAUGAUGUAGAUGUAUAUUUGCAGCCCCUUAUUGAUGAACUCUUACUUUUGUGGGCGGGAGUAGGUGAAAGACCUGAUGCCUCUUCGAAAAAGAAAUUUACUCUUCAAGCUGCAUUAUUCUGGACUAUAAAUGAUUUUCCUGCAUUAGCUUACCUAUAUGGUUGGAGCACAGGCGGUAGAUAUGCAUGUCCUUCUUGUGGUCCAGCUCCAAAAUCAUUCACCUAAAGAAAGGUAAAACGAUGUGCUAUAUGGGUCAUCGUUGAUGGCUGCCGAUAAAUCACAAAUACCGGAGGCAAAGGUUGCAGUUUGAUGGCUCCGUAGAGACUAGACUUGCACCUGAAAAAAUGAGUGGAACUACUAUUUUCAAAAUUUUGGAAGGCAAAGAGUUUGUGUUAGGGAAAAGGGGGAGCACAUCAAAGACAGUCAACAAGAAAGGCAAGAACAAGAAAGUGGAAGUUGAAAGUGAUCAGAAAUGCAAGCGUACAAGACAGGGACAAAAGAAGGAAUCAGAUGGGGGUGGUGGUAAGGUGGAGAAGAAGCCAGAAGAUUGGUUGAAAAAGAGGUCAAUUUUCUUUCAACUGCCAUAUUGGGAACAAAACAAAUUAAGACACAAUACAGAUGUAAAUGCACUUAGAGAAAAAUGUGUGUGACAACUUUAUUGCCACUUUAUUGGAUAUUUCUCAUAAAACAAAGGAUGACCUUAAUGCACGACUAGAUUUAGUUGAACUUGGGAUUCGAUGGGAUCUACAUCCUAUUGUAGAUGAUCAAGGAAAGCAAAUAAUUCCUGAUGCACCUUUUACCAUGUCUAAAGAUCAAAAGAGAUUCUUUGCUUAGUAAUCCAAAACCUUAGGACCCCAGAUGGGUAUGCAUCAAACAUAUCUAGGUGUGUGAACAUGAAAGACUAUACAUUGAGUGGACUAAAGAGUCAUGACAAUCAUGUUUUACUACAUGACAUUCUUCCAGUGGCGCUGCAAUCUUGUUACCCUAGCAAGGAUGUCAUGAAAAUAGUUGUUCGGUUAUCUAACUUCUUCAAGAAGUUGUGCUCCAAGGUCAUAGAUGUGGCUGAACUGGAGCAACUUCAAGAGAGUAUUGUGAUGACACUUUGUGAUAUGGAGAGAAAUUUCCUACCAUCAUUCUUUACUGUAAGUGUGCAUUUGAUAGUGCACUUGGUAGAAGAAGUUAAACUAGGUGGUCCGGUUCAGUAUAGGUGGAUGUACCCCAUGGAGAGAUAUUUUGUUAAGCUAAAGGCACUUGUGAAGAAUAGAGCUCACCCAGAAGGAUCAAUUGUUGAAGGAUAUCGCAUGGAGGAGUGCUUAACCUUUUGUUCUAGAUUUAUAGGAGGAACUACCCGUUUUACAAGGCCAUCUAGAAAUCCUCUAAUGAAAUAACAGACUUUUACUUGUUUGAUACUGCUGGUGAACCUAUUGGAAAGUGUACUGGCAUCAACCUUGAUAAGAAGGUUCUUGUUCAGGCUCAUCGAUACGUGCUGCGGCAUUGUGAUGAACUUGAAGAUUUUCGCAGGCGCGUUUAUAAUUUUGGUAGAGAAAAAAUAAAAAUUGUUGUAUGACAA